AUGGCAGAACAAACUGACCAACUGCUCUCAGAACAAACUGACCAACUGCUCUCAGAGCUUAUCAUCUCUGCAACUCCAAUAGUCGACAUUAAAGAAAAGCCAACAAACCUCGCAGAGAACAACAAGGAUGAAAAUGCACUUGCUGCACCCAAAGAACCCACUGCAAUCGUGGAUAAAUUGAAACAGGACUUGGAGGCCCCCAAUGAAUUGCAGACUCCUCCACCUCCAUACUCACAGUGGGACACUUUGGAUCUAGAACAGUUACUCCAAAAAGGUCGUGAAAUGCUUACGGAUCAUGACACGGUUAUCAAGGACGGUGAAAUGCUCGAUAAGAUGACGCAGUUAGAAUCUCUAGUUUCGUCACUACAAACUAUACUCAGCGAUCAAACGUCCUCUAUGCAUGAUCUCAAGUCUCAAUUGUCAGAUGUCCAAAACGUUCUUAAAAAGAUGCAAGACAAGCAAGAAACAAUAACAAGCGAAGAAGUCAUGAAGCAAGUUGUCACCAUGAAGGCACUCACCGAGAAUCUCAUCGCAUCAAGUGAAAUCAAACGACAACUCGACGAAAGAUUGGCAGCCGCGGCAAACCUCAUAAAACCAGACGUAAAUUUAGAAGACUUGGAAAUGACAGCUCUGUACAAACCCAUCCAACUACAAUCACAAGAAGAGACUACAUCACAUUUAUCGCCUUCACCUACAGCCCCGGCGACUUAUUUGGCUCCAUCACAUACCAUAUCAAGACAAUCAUCUCGUCCUCCAUCCAGAGCUCCAUCCAGAGCACCAUCCCGUCCUUCCUCCAGAGUACCGUCUCGUGCCGUAUCUCCAGCACGCGCUCCUUCUCUCUCGGGGACGUUCCCGAAAAAUAUUCCCUCGUUACCAACUCUUUUGACUGAAGCAACAACUGCUGUAGAAGCACCCGUCAAGGGCAGAGAAAAAAAGUUUCGUCAAUUGUCAACUACGAGCAUAGAAUCGCGAGAUAUUUUCGAAGACUUUGAUUGGGAAGGAUUUGGCGAGGAUAUUGAAGAAGAGGAUCCAAACGCAGACGAGACCAAAAAGGCGGCGACGGAACCUGUCGGUGUAGCCGUCGCACCUCGUGAACGCAAGAGCGAGAAACGAGAACAUCGUCGUCAAAAAUCUAAAAAAGAAGAAGAAUUUGUAGAUUGCAUGGCAUCCCUCGAUAAACAGUUGGAUGAUAGUCUCACUCAAGUGACUUAUUUGAUCAACGAGGUUAUGGAUGAUGAGGACUCGGUAGUUGCCCACGACAAGUCUCGCAAACCACGAGAACUUAUGGUCAACUAUGCUGAUUCUACUCAAGAGUUGAUCAACAAUCCAAGCGGCGACUUGGCUGAUUUGGAUGAUUUCGCACAGCAAUGCAGACUAGUCACUCGUGCAAUAAUUUUACCCUUUUUGCACGCAACACAUUCCUUCAUGUCAGAAUCGCUGCAAGCUACGAAUAAUCCUAAUGCACCGAGAACUGUCACGAGCACGACUAGGACGUUCAUGAAUCUGAUGUACUGGACGUUUUUAUUUACCCUCGGUUCGCUAGUGUUGGAUGCUUGGUUAUGUGAGGUUGCUGGUAGGCAAGUCAUCCGGAUGGUCGAUAUGCUGAAACCUACUCAACCAUUCGGACUACUAAACAAUGGAUACAGUAAUAGUUACUAUAACCCAUACGUAAGUUACAAUUCUUCCUACGACUACCAAUCUCAUCAAGAUUCUACACGAACAAUUGAUGACGGUAAAAAAAAAAACGUCAAUUUUCUCACACGUCCUAAAAUAAAAGCCGUAGCGUGGAGCGGGAUAGGAAAACGAAGUUGGUGGAGAGAGGGUGCAGCGGGAGUAUGGAGCUUUGGCAAACGAAGUGGAAGAUUUCUAACGAGUGGUAAAUGGAGUGGACAUGGAAAUUGGAUAGAAGAAGAAAACGAAGACGAGGGGAGCGAAGAAAUAGAAGAAUGGGAGAUUGUAGAUUGGUUCGACAGCAGUGAAGACGAAGGAGAAGAAGAAGAGUCGGAUAAUAAUGAAGACGAAUUGAUGAUUACUAAAAAUAGGAAUACGAAGCGUGCGGGACACGUCAGACAGCGACCAUUCAAAAACUCGGAAUCGAAUAAAGAGGGAACCAUGUCUAUAAAUGGGCGUCCUAUGGAACGGUCAAGUGAUAAACACGCAUUUGGAUUCGGCAAGCAAAUAGGAAAAACGUCAAACUCGGGGGUAAAUCAAUAUUUGGAAAAUUGCUACGACUCUGGCAUGAACAUUGCAAACGACCCCAAUUUGACAAAAGACCAUCAUUCGGCGUCUCUUUUAUCAUCGCCAAUCGACGACGAUGAAAUCGAACUCGACAUUCCUGGAUCUUUCCCGGCAGCCUUCCGUUGGACCCCUUCAACGUCGUAUGAACCGAUGACCGAGGAGAAAGAAAAUGUUCGGCGUGUGCGCAGUGUCAUAAUACGUCGUCCGAGCAGAGGACCGUUUGGUGAGAUUGAUGGAUGGGUAAUGAAGACGGCGAAAAUUAGGUCUGGUAGUGGCAGUAGUGAAAAAGAUGGUACAGUGAAAUGUGCAAGAAACUCGACGGUUGCAAAGAAAAGGAAAAGAUCGAGUACAGUUCCUCCGGCCCGCACUUGGGUACGACGAAAUAGCAUAUAG